GGCGGGGGGGGGGGGGACUGGACAGAGUUGCUGGUAGUGGUGGUGCUCUUGUAAAAUGGACCAGGAAUAUGAGAGAAGGCUGCUGAAGCAAAUCAACCAUCAGAACCUACCAGAGGGCCAGCUGGCUAAGUCUGGAGGUGCGACCUGCAGUCCUCUCAGUGUCAAAUCUGGGGACCGAUUCAUUCCUACCCGUGCUGGAAGCAACUGGUGUAUCAACUUCCACUAUGCCAAUGAGAACUGUCAAUCUCCUAACCAGAACCACAGGUCGAAGGAUGCUGGGUCAGACACGGGGAAAGACACUGUGGCAUAUGCUGCCCUGCUGAGGAACGAGUUGCUGGGGGCGGGGAUAGAGAGCGUUCCAGACCUCCACACUGAGGACCGCCGCCACACCGUCUUCUCCCAGGACACACACAGCCUCUUCAGGUACACAGUCCACACUAAGAGAGUGCCUUUCGACAGUGGCAAUGAAGUCUCACCAUACUCGCUCUCCCCACUCAGCAACAAGAGUCACAAGCUCCUUCGUUCCCCUCGGAAGCCAGCCCGUAAGAUCUCCAAGAUCCCCUUCAAAGUGCUCGACGCCCCUGAGCUGCAGGAUGACUUCUACCUCAACCUGGUAGACUGGUCCGCUGGCAACCUGCUGUCUGUGGGCCUGGGGGCCUGUGUGUACCUGUGGAGCGCCUGCACCAGCCAGGUGACAAGACUGUGUGACCUGUCAGUGGAUGGGGACUCUGUGACAUCAGUGUGUUGGAAUGAAAGGGGGAGCCUCGUUGCUGUGGGAACCCAUAAGGGCUAUGUUCAGAUCUGGGACGCAGCCGGAGGGAGAAAGCUGACCAGUCUGGAAGGCCACUCGGCUCGCGUCGGAGCACUGGCGUGGAAUGGAGAACAGCUGUCUUCAGGCAGCAGGGACCGUGUGAUCCUCCAGAGGGACGUCCGCACCCCUCCAUCUGCUGAGAGGAGGCUCCAGGGCCACAGGCAGGAGGUGUGUGGCCUCAAGUGGUCCCCUGAUCACCAGCACCUGGCCUCUGGGGGCAACGACAACAAGCUGCUGGUGUGGAACAGCUCCAGCCUGCUCCCGAUGCAGCAGUACAGUGACCACCUGGCUGCAGUGAAGGCCAUCGCCUGGUCACCCCACCAGCACGGGCUGCUGGUGUCUGGAGGAGGCACGGCUGACCGCUGCCUACGCUUCUGGAACACCUUGACAGGCCAGCCCCUGCAGAGCACUGACACAGGCUCCCAGGUCUGCAACCUGGCCUGGUCCAAGCACGCCAAUGAGCUGGUGAGCACCCAUGGCUACUCUCAGAACCAGAUCCUGGUGUGGAAGUACCCAUCUCUGAACCAGGUGGCCAAGCUGACGGGACACUCCUACAGAGUUCUCUACCUGGCUGUGUCACCAGACGGAGAGGCCAUUGUGACGGGGGCGGGAGACGAGACUCUGCGUUUCUGGAAUGUUUUCAGUAAGACACGCUGCACCAAGGAGUCCAAGUCGGUGUUGAAUCUCUUUACCAGGAUACGAUAGUGAAAUGGGAGGAGGACUAAAGUAGAGGGGGUCGGGGAGACAUCACCUUGAACCCCGCAUAAACCCCCCUUUACCAUUCUACUAACCAUCACUACGAACAAACUCCUCACCUCUCAAUUCCACUUUUUUUUUUUACAGAGGACAGCUCCAACCACCACCAGCCUGCGAGCAGCUGUCCCACUAAAGUGAUGUCAUUGAUUAAAAACGAACACAGCCUUAGAGUGAGGGGCUUGUUGUCUCUGUACAACGUCUGUCCUAUAUUUCUGUCGUGGAUGUCCUGAGAUGUUUUAGAAUUAUCAUUAGGGCCAGCAGUUAUUCUUUUUUUAUCUGACCAUGUGACCUGACCAGGGCCCGGAGUUUCUACUGGUCAGGUCACGUGUUCAGGAAAAAAGUCCUGUCUUUAGACAUAUACCUCCACUAAUAUAAUAUCUAAAAUAGUUGAAUAUAUAAAAUCCUCUCAUCACGGUGUAUCGUUUCUCAGCAUUUCCUACAUGAGAGAGAGGCCUGGGGGACUUUCUAUAUUUUGAUAAUAUGUAUCUGAACUACCAUAGAAUCCAACAGAAUGUCAUGAUAAUAAACGAGUACACCAAUACAGUCA